CGCCUCAAGGUCUUUCGAUUCGUCCAACCAUGUGACCUCGUUACCUGAUGUAGCGAAUUCAAACUUUGCAUUUUCACCUCGCUGUGGCCUGUAGAAUAACUACAGUGUUUUGAUAUGUUACUGUAAUAAGCCUGGGUCCGUUACAUUAAUAUUAUUGUUAUCUAUUCAACACAAGUUAGGCCUAGGUAGCCAAAGGAGCGACUGUGUUGCUAACAGGUAACGUAACAAGUAACAGUGCCGGGAAUUGGUGUAGAGCUCCAGCCUGUCAUUUCACUGCAACGGCCAGAAGGGAGGGCGGAGUUUAAACAAAGGCCCUCACCAUAUAAAACAUUCAGGCUUCUUCAGAGAAGCCACGGGUGUCGUGCUUCUGCCUCUACAUGCGAGCAUUCCGUCCUCUUAAGCCAAAAGAAAAGACUACUUUCACCAGAUUCCACUCACGGGGGCUUCAAAAUACUGUUACUUGUGGUUUUGCUGCCCCUGCCUGCUCUGAACAAAGAUAAUUACUCAGGAAACGUUUCGGCCAAUCGGGUGCCGCGUUGCAUCUUGCCUGCGUGGACGGCGACCAGUCAGGAUCUUGCUAACAACACCGGGGCCUGAUCGCCUUGCCUGAAGAGCGGAGCCUUCCCCCGGCUGAGGGCUGACAGUGUCCUCCAUGUUUUAUAAGUGUUGACAUAACAGUGUGUCAGGCAGCCAUGCAUCCACAGAGUCUGGCUGAGGAGGAGAUAAAGACGGAGUCGGAUGUGGUUGAAGGGAUGGAUGCAUCUGUACGAUCUAAAGCCCCGGAUCCAUCAGGGUCAGCAGAACGCUCCCUGGCACCGCAGAAGAGGAGGGUGUCCAGUCCCACCCACUCCUCCAAUGGACACUCUCCGUCAGAGGCCUCCCCGAGCCCACUCAAGAAAAAGAAGAAGCCCGGGGCCAUGAACUCUAACAACAAGGACCAGUCAGAGCUAAGACAUGGUCCCUUUUACUAUAUGAAGCAGCCAGCACUCACCACAGACCCUGUUGAUGUUGUACCGCAGGACGGGAGGAAUGAUUUCUACUGCUGGCUGUGCCACCGCGAGGGCCAGGUGCUCUGCUGUGAGCUCUGCCCCAGGGUGUACCACGCCAAGUGUCUCAAACUACCAGCUGAGCCUGAGGGCGACUGGUUCUGUCCAGAGUGUGAGAAAAUAACAGUUGCUGAAUGCAUUGAAACACAGAGCAAAGCAAUGACAAUGCUGAAUAUAGACCAUCUCUCUUACUUGCUCAAAUUUGCACUCCAAAAGAUUAAACAGCCUGGGACAGAGCCUUUUCAGAAGCCUGUGUCCUUGGAACAGCACCCUGACUAUGCCGAGUACAUUUUUCACCCGAUGGACUUGUCCACUUUAGAGAAGAAUAUCAAAAAGAAAAUGUAUGGCUGCACUGAAGCCUUUCUGGCUGAUAUGAAGUGGAUCUUGCAUAACUGCAUCAUCUAUAAUGGAGGUAAUCACAAAUUAACAGCGACUGCAAAAGUCAUUGUCAAGAUAUGUGAGCAUGAGAUGAACGAGAUAGAAGUAUGUCCAGAGUGCUACCUGUCGGCCUGCCAAAAAAGGGACAAUUGGUUCUGUGAGCCAUGUAGUCAGCCUCACACACUGGUGUGGGCGAAACUGAAAGGCUUCCCCUUCUGGCCUGCAAAAGCACUUCGUGAAAAGGACGGGCAGGUAGACGCACGGUUCUUCGGACAACAUGACAGAGCAUGGGUUCCCAUCAACAACUGCUACCUCAUGUCCAAAGAGAUCCCUUUCUCUGUGAAAAAGACAAAAAGCAUUUUCAACAGUGCCAUGCAAGAAAUGGAGGUCUAUGUGGAAAAUGUUCGGAAGAAAUUCGGAGUUUUCAACUAUGCACCAUUCCGGACUCCCUUCACACCCAACAACCAGCUUCAAAUGCUGUUGGACCCUGCCAAUCCGAGUGCUGGCACUGUGAAAACAGAGAAACCUGAUAAACUUCGCUUUAACUUUGAUGUAACUGCAUCUCCAAAGAUGGUUCUUGGCAAGAGUUCAACACCUAGUAGUAUGUGUCGAAGGGUGUCUAUGACAGACAUCCCUCGUUCCCCGAUGAGCACUAAUUCUUCGGUUCACACGGGGUCCGAUGGAGAGCAGGAUAUGGAAAAAGCCAGUCGGAAUUUGGCCUUCCACUACAGCACUGGAGAGGAAUCGAUGGAUUAUACUGCAUCUCCUGUCUCAGGGAAGGUUGGUCCAGCGGGCAGCUUGACAGGCAGCCCAAAGCCACUCAACCCUGGAGUGGUACCCAAGCAGGAGAGGCCAGCAUCCACAGGAGGGAUUCUCAAUCUAAACCUGGAUCGAGUAAAAGCUGAGAUGGACCUGAAAGAGCUGAGUGAGACUGUACAGCAGCAACAGCAGCAACAGGUGGCGUCCGCCAGCCUCCCAACCCCAAAGAGACCAAUCAGGAGCCUGGACAAGACCAUUGAAAGCUGCAAGGCUCAGCUUGGAAUAGAUGAGAUUUCCGAAGAUGUGUAUAAAGGUGUGGACCAUAGUGACACAGAGGACUCUGAUAAAUCUGACUCGAGUGACAGCGAGUAUAUCAGUGAUGAGGAACACAAGCCAAAUAGCUCCAGCAAGGAUGAUAAGGUUAAAGCGGACCGAAAGAGGCCGAGAGCAAGCGCAGCAGAAGCCGAGACUAAAGAGGCAGUUGCAGUGACGGGGGACAAAUCUACCCCUGAAUCCCAUACUAAAGACAAGCAGGACGGUAACGCACCAGAAGAAGCCGUCAAAGAGAAGUCUAAAGUGACCGAUUCUCAGUCCGUUACUGACAAGUCCAAGACCCCAGAGGAGGGCAGAGUACCUGCUGCCGCAUCAGUCACAGAGCAAGACUCUGAUUCUGAAAGAGAGCUGGUGAUUGACCUCGGGGAUGAAGGAGGCCGUGACUCUAAGAGGUCAAGAAAAGACGUGGGAGCCUCUUCUGCCAAAACCCCCAAAGAGUCCAGUGCAGCCAAAUUGGACAGUAAGUUACCCAAUUCUGCUGCAGCAGCUCCUCUUGCCGCUUCCACCUUAAAAGACAGCUUGCAGCCUUCUUCAGCCGCUGUCAACAAUAAUUCACUCGCUGCAAAUAGCCAGCCCAGUGCUGGUUCGGUUACCGGCAGUACUUCCAGCGCUCCUUCCACCUCAGUUGCGUCAACCUCGCCGGUACCUCCGGCAAUCAAGAAACAACGGCCUUUAUUGCCGAAAGAAACCGCCCAGGCCGUGCAGCGAGCAGUUGUUUGGAAUCCCACUAAAUUGCAGAACUCCUCUCAGAAGUGUCAUGUACAGAAGCAGCAACACGCCGAGCAGUCGGCUGUGCAGUCACAAGGCCAGGUGCAGCCGCAGACACAGGCUCAACUUCAGACGAAUUCUUCCUCAAGUACCCGCUACCAGACCAGACAAGCAGCCAAAGUCCAACAAAAAGACUCACCUCAGAGUACUUCAGCGUCAAGUAGCUCUUCUUCCUUCAUGUCGGGAGACUUCCCCAUCCCUACUGCUUCUGCAGAUGUAGCUGCAGACAUAGCCAAAUAUACAAACAAAAUUAUGGACACGAUAAAAGGGACAAUGACUGAAAUCUACAAUGACCUAUCCAAAAGCACGUCGGGAAAUACAAUUGCGGAGAUUCGAAGGCUGAGAAUAGAGAUUGAGAAACUUCAGUGGCUGCAUCAACAAGAGUUGUCCGAGAUGAAGCAUAACCUUGAGCUGACUAUGGCAGAAAUGAGGCAGAGUCUGGAGCAGGAGAGAGAGAGGCUGGUGGCAGAGGUGAAAAAGCAAAUGGAGGUGGAAAAGCAGCAGGCUGUGGAUGAGACCAAAAAGAAGCAGUGGUGCGCCAACUGUAGGAAGGAGGCCAUCUUCUAUUGCUGUUGGAACACCAGCUACUGUGAUUACCCUUGCCAGCAAGCCCAUUGGCCAGAACACAUGAAGUCCUGCACACAGUCAGCUACAGCUUCGCAGCAGGAACCAGAGGUGGAGCCCAACGUAGACCCUUCAGUCAAAUCAUCAGGUCAUUCCCCUGCCACACAAACUCUGCCUGCAGAAGCCGUAGCAGCAGCAGCAGCAGCAGCAGCAGCAGCAGCUUCAGGAGGAGGAACACAGGACAGGACACCACCGUUAUCUUCAUCCAUAUCAGACAAAAGCAACUCUCCCACAUAUAUCGACAAGAGCAAGGACAGCACUGGGGUUACUGUGACAUAACUGUUAUAAUGACAUUGUGGCAUGCAUUGCAAGGCUGUUGUGAUCCUUGCCGUGUCAUAUUUCUAGCUUCACUGCCUGUGCUUUAUGACAAUUCACUUUAUAAUUUCCAUUCCGAAAUGCUUGGUGGACAUUUUUAUUGUUUUGUGUGGUUUUUUUUGUGGAUUCAUCAUGUGAAUAGUGAAUAUUCCGUCUUAUGAAAAACAAAUGUGAGUUUGUAUGUUUCCAUGCUGUAGUCUUGUCUCACGUCAUGUUUAAACUAGAUUGUAUCAAACCACAUCAUAUUUGCUACAUUAAGAUGACGAUUGCUGCUCUCAAAAUAACAGACUGUACUUUUUGUUUAUGGCCCUUCAUACAAUGAGAGAAAAGUUUAAAUAGUUAUGAACAAUUGAUUCUCGUGUAUCAUGGUGCCAUCAGAACUAUUCUGGAUUUUUCAAAUGUCUUUUAUUCACUAAUGCUUUUCAUGUCAAUAGUGGUUUGUCUUCAGACAUUGUAGGCCUAAGUGAAAAGGUAUGUGAUUUAUUAAAAAAGAUCUAAAACAUUUAACUGUACAAAGUUUUUAUAAUAAGAUACAUGAACAAUAUUUAUUGUUAUAUGUUUUAUAAUAUGUUUUGAGAAAAAUCACAUGUCAAAAUGUGUUUACAAUUUAUUUGACAAUAAAUUACUCCUGAAUGUCAGUACUGGGCAAAGUCUGUUUUACUGUGAUUCCAAAGGUGAUGUAAACUCUGGUCCGACUGAAACUGUAGAAUAAGUUCAUUUUGCCUGGUAAUUAUUUCAAGUGAGCAUGUCUUGAUUUUCACUUUCUCGUUCUUUGUUUACAUAUUGUAAAUACACUUAAUUGACUUGUGAAGAAAAUUAAAAGUCU